CUCCUUUUAAUCUGCAUGGCUACGGAACAGCUAGCUAGCUAAAUCAGCAGAUUUUGUGACUACACCAAGGAAAAUCGAAUAUACUUAAUUAAUUUGCAAUAAUCAUCGGAAUGGCAGAGGCAAUACAAAAGAAAUUACAGUCCGAGUUGGAAAAAUACCAACAGAUCCAGAAAGAUGUCAGUAAAAGCAUGUCAGCCCGACAGAAACUUGAGGCUCAGCUUACAGAGAAUAACAUAGUUAAAGAGGAGCUAGAUUUGUUGGACAGCCAGAAUAUAGUUUACAAGUUAAUUGGACCAGUCCUGGUGAAGCAAGAUCUAGAUGAAGCAAAGGCAACAGUGGCCAAGAGGCUCGAGUACAUCAACGGAGAAAUAAAACGUUAUGAGACAUUAUUGAAAGAGAUGGAGCGAAAGUCUGAACAGCAUCGUGAGGUCCUUGCCAGCCUGCAGCAAGAGUACCAACGUGCUCAAGGUCUUCCUGUUGGCAAAGCUUGAUUUGUGAAAGGAUUAUAAAUAAACCCCAUUAUUUAGA